GCUCUGGCGGCGAGCUUUUACCAGGAUUGCAUUAGACCAACUUUUAUUUAUCAAUGAUCCACUCUGUUACCAAUCAGUUAUCUAAAUAAAAGUGUGCUAACUUAUAUACACAUAUAUAUGUACAUGUAUUGAUACAUAUAUUGAGUAUCAUCUAAUACGACGUUAAUUGUAUGUACAUACGUCUAACGCAAAGUUUCAAUGAAAAAGGUACACACUGACACGAGUGUUUAAAUUUUACCGCUGAAUAGUGAAAAAAAAAAAAAUUAAAAUAUAUGAGUAGGAUUUUAAAGCUCCCGAGAGUUGUAGCCGACUAUUCGUUUGUAUCGUGUCCAAAUGCCAGCUCGUGCUGUCGAAUGACUGGCGUAUUGGUGUUGGCUUAUGUGUAUGUACUUGUACACACAUGUGAUAGUGUUUUAUCGUGACUCGCAUUUCUGUUAACCGCGAGCUGUGUGCACUCGUGUAAGUCUUCAUGGAUAUGGAUGUGUGCGGAUGUUAGUGCGCCUCGAGCAUGUUAUUUCUAUCUCCGUCUAUCGUUAAAGAUACUCGGGCAUAGCAGGCUCUUCUUCGACGACAUUGAAUGGUGAUUACACCUUAUACAUUAAUGUGAAAACAGUGUCACGUUUUUUAAAUAUUCGUUAAUUAGUAACCAGGAUCCUGAGCUGUUAACGUAUCUGAACUGAUGACGAGGCUAUCAGCAUCAGUGGAUGACCUGGACCUCGGCCUGGACCUGGACCUGGACCUCAUUGGGGCUCCGAGGAUGCAUUGAAUGGAUAUAUGGUGAUAAAUAGUUCCCAUAGAUUCUCAAGGAUUGAUUGAUAGUGUGUUGUUUUUUUUUAUACAAUUGAGUGGUCAAUUUGUGAUCGUGGAUAUAAAAUAAGUGGUGGGUGAUGAAUUGUUGUGAUUGUGAGUAAAUAAGUGGUGGAUGUUUGUUAAAAGGUGUAGUAGUGGUGGAUAAUAUUUUGAAUAAGUGACGACUGUCGAUAGAGAGGAGUAGAAGUGAAGGAUUAAGUGUUUUUGAGAGGUAGUUUGUAGAUGGUACAGUGAAGACGCAGGCAAGAGUAGUAGAAGAAAGAGAUACCAGUAGGGUGUGUAGUAAUCGGUGAAGAGUAAUGUGUUCGAUGGACGAGGAGCGUCUUGCGGGCGGUGGUCCGGGUUCAAGUUCUCUAGGCAGUGGAUUCUGCUCGUCACCGAAGAGACAAGACGUCGUGUCGUCGGUGGACAGGCUGGCGGGCGCCGGGGAAAAGGUUCCAAGGGCAUGGCGACCACGCCAAUAGGCGGUCGCCUCCCUAACGUUAACCGCAAAGGAACCUCGCCGUGCGCGGCGGUACCAGCACCAGCGAUAUCAGCAUCGUUAUCAUCAUCGACAACAUCAGUAACAGCAACAACAGCAUCGACAACAACAGCAGUAGCAGCGGCAUCAUCUCUGUCAUCGCCAUCGCCAUCAUCGUCAUCAUCGACGCGAAUCGGUGUUUGCGGUGGUAACAGCAGUAGCGCCACGAACAAUACCAGUGUUAGUUCAAGUAGACGCGAUCGUACGAGUAGGGAUCAUCAAGAACAGCAGAAACGACAGCAGCAGCAGCAACACCAGCCGCCGCAACAGGGUGAUAGGUCGGUGGCGCGUCGUGAUUCGAAAGCAAGCACAGUGGCUGCUAACGUUGGAGAAACGGACACGGCCACGACGAAUGUGACCAACAACUUCGAGUACGACGACAAUGAAUGGGACAUUGGCAUAGGCGAUCUAAUAAUCGACCUCGAUGCUGAUAUAGAGAAGACGAGGGACGAGAAAUUGAGCUCGGGAAACGGGAUGGCUUCAACGCCUGCCUCGGCAGCAGCAGCCACGACUAAUCAGAAUCACCAGUUACAGCAACAAAACGUAACGCAACAAAAUUCAUCGUCAUCGGGCAUAACUGCCACCGGCAACAACAGUCAAUCUUCAUCUUCUUCGUCGUCGUCGUCGUCCUCGUUGUCCUCAUCGUCGUCGCCGUCCUGCGGCGUUAAUAAUUCAUCAACUACAUCAAAUAAUAAUCAAACAAAUUCGGUUAAUUCCAGUAGCGGUAAUCAAAACACAGGCAGUGGUAACACCAACAGCUCGAGUACUGGUAACGGACCAACUAGUGUUAAGCAACAACCCGGUUCUGUUAACGCGGUACACCUCAACUCCGGCAAUCCCGGAAAAAUGGCUGUUGAACACUCUGCUACCGUCGAUAAAGGCCUCAAAAUGAAGAUCAAACGCACUAAACCUGGAACAAAAACUAGCGAGGCUAAGCAUGAAAUUGUCAAGUCUAACGAAAUAAACGGGACAACAACGUCACAAGACGGCAACGGCAAUUCGACCUCAUCAAACUCAUCGACCUCCUCAGCUUCUUCAACGUCUUCGUCAUCAUCAACGUCAUCCCAAAAUUCCGACGUGGCUGCGAGUAACUCGUCGUCCUCGUCCUCAAACAAAUCAAAACCCCACUCGCCGGCGUCAGCCACCUCAGGGCCCCCUGCAUCGUCGACGGCAGGCUCCAAGAGAGGAUCCAGCGGACACAGGAGGGACAAAGCCCGAGACAAGCACGACAAACCGCAGAGUAAUAGUCACGGUCCCCAGCAAAAUAAUAAACCCGAGAUGAAUGGAACCGCGAGACCAGUGUCUCAAAGUCAAAAUUCAACGGGUGCAGCCGUUCAGUCCCAAGGACCAACUCCCGCGGCGACAGCACCCCAACAACCCCAAGGACCACCACCCAGUUCGAGAACUGGAUUUCCCGUUUCACAGGGCGUUGGACCGCCCGCGACAAGUGCCGCCGCACCUUGUCCACCACCCAGUCCAGCUUCCGCGACGGCUGCCGGCUCUGCCGCCAAACCCGAGCAGACAAAGGUUGCAGCAGUACCUGGACCUACCCUAAACACUACCGUAGACGAGGCCAUGGACACGGCCGCGUGUAGUUCGCCACCCAUGAAAAAGUUGAAAACUUCAAAUUCAGAGCCAAAGGACAUGUCUGACGUUUGUGUCGGAACGAGUGUCGGAACAAUCACGGAACCCGAAUGUCUGGGCCCCUGUGAACCUGGAACCUCUGUGACACUUGAAGGCAUCGUUUGGCACGAGACUGAAGGAGGUGUAUUAGUUGUGAAUGUUACGUGGCGAGGAAAAACGUACGUCGGUACGUUGCUGGAUUGUACGAGACACGACUGGGCACCGCCACGAUUCUGCGAUUCACCGACGAGUGACCUGGACGCGAGGACACCCAAGGGACGAGGGAAACGUGGCCGGGCGGCCGCUAACGCGACACCUGGAAAUGACCUCAGCAAUUUUACCGAAACGAGGAGUUCGGUGCACAGUAAACUGAGAAAUGGCGGAAAAGGACGCAGAGGUGCUCAGGGAUCGCCGGCAGCGAGUCCGAGUCCUGCGGCAUUUGUUCCCCCACGACCAGAUCCGGCUGCCAAGCGGAAAUCACGAGGUCCUGAAGAGGAAGAAAAGAGUAAAAGAAGAGCGCCUCCACCUACGCCGCCCAGCGGUUCGCCGCCAGCAAGUCCUGUAUUAUACGAGUGUCCAGAACCAAAUUGUAGUAAAAAGUACAAAAAUCAAAAUGGACUAAAGUAUCAUCAGAACCAUGCCCAUGGUUCUGCCGACGACGAAGACACCAAAGAGGGCGUCACGAGUAUGUCGGAGAACGAUGAGAGCAAUAUUGAGGCACCGAGUCCGGCAACGCCUGUUAAGUCCCCGGUUGAUAAACCGGAAGGUACACCAGUAAGAGCUACAAGUCCUCCAGCGGCGACGUUACCCCCAGCGACACCUACCCCACCACCGAGAGUCCCAUCGCCUACGGCAGAUCAGCCGACGCCGAUUCUCGCGGACAAAACUAGUAUAGUAAAGCCAGGAGUGUUGAGGUUCGGGCAAGACGAUUUGCCAGCACCUGCAGUUGCUGCGACGACGGUGCCACCGGUGACGGCCGUGGUACAGCCAAGUCCGAGGCCUCAGGUCCAACAGGUUUCUCCUGCGAAUCCGCCUCCGCAGAGUCCGAGUCCUCAUCCAAGUCCACACCCAAGUCCGCACCCAAGUCAGUCCCCCAGGCCUGUGCCAUCACCUCAUCUCACUACAAACAUUCCUCAACCAAUAAAUAUACCUCAGCCUCCUCAACCGAGCCAAGCGGUUCAGCACCAAGCGCAGAAUCAAAUGCUACAAGCGCCUCAGAACUUAACGGGUCAGCCGAUGCAACCUGGACAGUUGAUGAGUCCGCAACCGCAGCUACAACCGCAGCUCCAACCCGCGCAUCAGCUACAGCCGGUUCAACACCCUGUACAAACGCAACUUGGCCAACCAGCUCCUGCGCACAUGGUUCAUCAACCAGGUCUUCCACCACAGCAGCAGCAGCAACAGCAGCAGCAGCAACAACAACAGCAACAGCAGCAGCAACAACAACAGCAGCAGCAACAGCAGCAACCACCACCCCAGCAACCAAGUCUUCAAGCUUUAAACCAACAUCCAGGUCUUCAAGGUCUCACCACGCAGAUUCCCCAGCAACCUGGCUUACAAAACACCGCACCGUCGGGUCAUCCUGUCCAGUCGCACAUGCAGUAUCCUAGUGUCGGUAUCCAUGCCAAGAUGCCGCAAUUCAAAGUUAAACCAACCGCUGCGUUGAUGCCCGAGCAAGACAAAAGCAAAGACCCACGUUCGUCUAAACCACAAGGCUACAAAAAGAAAUCACGUAAAUCACCGGGUGGUAGUCCGCAUCCUUCGCCACUAGAGGCUCCAAUAAUAGACUCUGCGAGGGACGACGUACAGAGUCCAGCUUACUCUGACAUAUCGGAUGACGGUGCGCCAGUAUUAGAGGCUGAAUCUGCUGACAAAUUGAAACAGGGUCAAGAGAAAGAUGUGAAGGCAGGAAUGCAAACGCAUGUACCUCCACACUAUGGAAUGUUUCCUUAUUACGGACAGCCACCUUACCUGGUACCCAGUGUACAGGACAAGCCUAAUGAACAAAAACCGAGUGACUUGACACCUAAGCAAGACAUAAAACCUCUCAAUAUACCGCAAAUGCCUUUGAUGGCGAGUUUACAAAACUCUGAAAAGGACAAGAAAGAAUUGAGUCAACCGCCGCCUCAGCAGCAGCCACAUUAUUACAGUAAUUACGGUGGAUAUAUUCCGCCUGGUUACUCGUAUCAGCCUCAGCCGGUCUCGCAACCGCCUCAGCCGCAGCAGCAGACCCAGCAAGAGAUGAUUGAUCACGAGCAAAAAAAUAAAAUAAAACAAGAAUCUCAGCAGCAGCAACAGCAGCAGCAGCAACAGCAACAGCAGCAGUCGAGUAUAAAAGACAAGCAGCACGAGAACCACCAAAUACUUAAAGAGAGUAUAGAAAUGAAGAGCCAGAUGAGUCCCUAUCAUGUCUAUCACAACUCGCAAAACCAGAGAGGUCCUCCAGUUCCUGGACCAGUUCAAGAUGACAGAAGGUAUUAUCUGUACCCGGGUGAACAGAGGCGGAAAGAAGACUCGGUGAAGCAACCGCAGCAGUCUAAACCUCCACCCCCAAGUCCAAAGCACCAGCCGAAGCAGGAGAAACCCCAGGACCUCGGUAAAAAUGACGACUCCAAGAACAAACAGGAAGGAGUAAAGCCGACGAUGGAGACACAGGGACCACCACCACCACCAACCUCGCAGUACGCGUAUAUCCAUCCAGGCUACAUGCCACCGCAGCAUUACGGUGGAAUACCAUUUGACCCAGGUCAUGUCUACCGCGGCGGAAUCAGUCCAAUGUUGGUACCAGGCCCUUUCUCGGGCAACCCCUACCUCCAGUUGCCGAGGUAUCACGCCCCAGAAGACUUGAGUAGACCUCCUGGUGGGAAAGCUCUCGACUUGCUGCAACACCACGCGAGCCAAUACUAUUCCACGCACAAAAUCCACGAGCUCCAAGAGCGCGCACUGAAAUCACCGACCCCCAAGACUUCUGCCGCCUCAGCGAGUCCAUCCUCGGCGGGUCCCACGCCCUCGAGGCCUCCAAGUGGCCCUCCGACGUCAGCUGCCGGGGGACCCGGGCCACCUCCUAGUCAGGGAGGGCCCCAGCAAGGAGGGAAGCAGCAGCCAGGCAAUAACCCCCAACAACAAGGACCCGGUGACAACAGCAGUGGAAAUCUCGGCAAAGACAGCAGAUCUCCACCUCCUCAGAGGCACGUCCACACUCAUCACCACACACACGUCGGACUGGGCUACCCCAUCCUUGGGGGACAGUAUCCCGCGCCCUACGGAGCGGCCGUGCUGGCGAGUCAGCAGGCUGCCGCGGUAGCCGCUUCGGUGAUCUCGCCCUUCCCGCCCAAGUGACCCGCGGCCCCCGGUAACGUUCCCGUCGGCACAACCGGAAACUCCGCACAAACCCACCACACGCACUCGGGCACCGCAACCGCUGCUGGUAGUGCGGGACACUCACACGGGAACCCCAGGCAGCCGUAGGACGGACGAGUAUCGGCAAUGGAUCCAUCAUAUUGCCGCCACGAUCAUCACAAUAAUAAUAUUGAUGAUGAUGAUGAUGAUGAUGACUGUCACAGUGAUGAUUAUUAUUAAUCGAGGAUUGUCACUGACACGUGUCAAUUUACUCGCAGUACACCUACGCUGUAUAUAUAAUUGAUAAUUAUUAAGUAAUUUAAACGCGGGGUCUUGUUCAAGUUAUCCUAGUCCGGGACUACUCCAAAGGUAUACGUAUGUGCGAAAAUUUUUUUAGCUAGCCAUUGUAUUACUAGACACAAAAAUACAUAUAUACAUUUUAAUUUCGAUAUGUAUAUAUUUUUUUUAAAUUAUCAUAAUUAAAUAAAAAAUAAUAAAUAAAUAUACGGUUGCUCAGAGGAGAAAAUCAACCGACAGAUCUCUAUAUGCAGCUCGGCAUAAGCUAGGCGGUAUUACUUAAAUUGUAAAAAAAAUAACAGACGUGGGUAACUUUGGUCCUAAAUAAAAUUUAUCAAUUUUAAAUUUUAUUUGGCCGGCUCGCAAUCGAGUUUAGACUCCAAAGAAUUAUGUACCUGAAGGUCGGAACGUUUUUCGCGAACCGAAAAUGAAAUAAUCGAAAUGAAAAGUAAAAAAACUACUGGGUCUAGAUUUAUGAAAUGUUUCGUACGUCAGCCGAAAAUCGCAGCCUACUUCAUUUACUUCUUAAGUAAAAUUACAUGAAUUUUUCCAUUUUCGUUGCACAAAAAACGUUCCGAUCUUCAGAUACAUAAAGAAUUGCAAUUUGGCGGUAAAAUAAAAUUCAAAUAUUUUUUUCCGGCCCAGAUUACCCAAAGAUACUCAGGUCGUAUCUUAAAAUAAUGAAUUUGAAAAUAAAAUAAUGUAUUUAAAAAACCCGCGCUUCUGGCAUUUAUUUAAAUAAAAAAAUAAAUUAGAGGGGGACCACGCAAUUCCUAGCCUGUUUUUUAAGUAAAUAUGUCAUUUUUCUAUUAUCAUUUUUAUUUUUUUAAUUAAAUUAUUUUUUUAGCAACACUUAUCAUCUCUUUUAUUUUAAUUACCAUGAAUUUCCGUCAUUAAUCGACUGUGAUUAAUUAUUUAAACCGAGUUUUUAUAGUUGACUUGAUUGAGUGAAUAAAAAAAAUAAAUAAAAGAGAAUAGAAACGUUUAAUACUCUAAUAAAAAAUAUAAAGGACUGGGGUCCGGCAACCUCGCCUUGGGGAACGAGUCCUCUUUUGUAAAUAUUGUAUCAAAGAUAUUAAAAUAAUUAUCAUUAACAUAAAUAAUAAUUAAAAAAAAACUACAAUAAGUUGAUGUAUACAUAACUGUAAUGAUAAACUUAUACAUAUUUGUAAUAAUUAUUAUUUUUAGGGAACAUUUAACAAAUGGUACUACCAUACUAAUGUAUUAUUCACCUGUGCAAAUUAUUAUUACUGUAAUUAUUACUAUUAUUAUUAUUAUUAUUGUAAUUUAAAUGAUAACGAGACGUAAAUUACUCCAUCACGGACACUUCACAUCCAUUUAAAUAUAAAUUUAAUAAAAAAACUCCUUGUAAAUUGGCUCUGGUGAACAAAUAACGGGGAAAAAGCUAUACGUUGAUGAAGUGUUCUGUCAAAUAAUAUCUUAAAUAAUUAAAAAAACUGAGUUUAAAUUAUACAAGAGGGUAAAGAACAAAGUCUCUUAAUAAAAUGGUGAUUAACGACUUGCAUUUUUUGCUUAGCAAGUCCGGUAGACUGAAAACACUCACGUCAGACACUUUUUAGCCGUGAGUUUAAACAAAUUAACAAAAAGAAAAAUAAUUAAUCGAUUAUGUUUUAUGUAAAUGAUUAUUUAAUAACGAUUUUUUAAUUGUAUAUUAAGUGUGAGUGGGUUUUUGAUGAUAAUUCGCUGUACGAAUAAUGUAUUUUACUGUAAAGAUAAAUUGCAUACUUUAAUUUUAUUUCGAAAUUUAAAUCCGUAAUCGUUAAUUAUUAAAUUUAUAUAGAAGUAUAAAUAUAUGUAAUGAUAAGUAUAUAUUAAAUAAUAAUAAGGGUAUAUAUCUAUAUAUAUUAUAUAUAUAGAGGAUAUUUGUUAAGGCAGAAAUCAUGAUUCUAAAUAAUUAAGUAGCGUUAAGUAUAAAUUAAUGUAUGAUAAAAGUAGAAUGCUAUUUGUUUACAAAAAUAAUAAUUAAAAAAAAAUAAAUAAUUAACAAAAAAAAUUAAUAGCUAGUGAUGCGAUAGUAGAUUUUAAAUAUAUAAAUAAUAAUAAUAAUAAAUAUAAAUAAAUAAAAUAAAACAGAGAGGCAAAGAAUUAAGUAGUGGAAAAAAUCUAAAGAAAAAUGAAAAAAAAAAAACGUAUUAUUAAUUAAAUGUAAAAGUAAAUUUAGGACACAUAAUAACUAGGUCGGUAACUAUAAUUAUUAUUAUUAUUAUUUUAUUUUAUUAUUAUUUUAUUUUUAUUAUAAUUGCCAUUGCGAAAUGACAAAAACGUAUGACUUUGCGUAUCCUGUACCAGAAUACGCGGAGUUUAAAUAUUGGACUGCAUAGUGUCGCAAAUGCCAAAUCAAAAAAAAUAUAAAACAGGAUAAAUUAUAAAAAGUAAUAGCAGAGUAAAAGUAAACAAGCAUUUGUAUGAAUUUAAAAAAAUUGGUUUUAAACAGAGGGGUCAGUUUUAAUGACCCCUUUGUCGGCGGAGAAAGGGCUGGGCUUUUAAAGAUAAAUGCUGGUGCUGUGCUGUGAUUUUUAUAAAAAAUAAAUAAAAAAAUAACAAAAAAACAUUUUAAAAUAUUUAACGAAACUGAACGACUUGAUUUAAUUAUUUAUUAUAAUAAUAAUAAUUAAUAAUUAAUAAAUAAAAAGUUAUUUUAAAAAUAAAUAAGCUUUUUAUGAAAAUAUACAGAUAGCCUAAGUACCUGGAUCCUGCCCUAUUGUCUCCGCUCAGGAGUUUUACGAAAUUAAACCAAACACGAUUUUAAACGUUAUUUUUAAAAAUGUAUAGGCUGUACAAUGUAUUUGCUUUUAAAAUUUAAAUAAAUAGAUUGUUAUUGAGUAGGAAGGCAUCAGUUGCUUACAUUCUUUUUGCUGAAUCUAUCAAAUGCCUACAAUAUUUUUCGUACAUUAUAAUUUCCUACUGCUGUUGUCUGCUAAUUUAUUUUCUACGGUUCUAUUGCCAUAUAUAUAAAAUAUACAAUUUAAUUGCACUGUUAUAUUGCCUCCUUAAAAAAUAUUUUAUGACCAAUUGAUUAUUUUACUGUAUACCCAAAUUAAUGUAGAGAAGCUCCUAAUUUUGCUGAGUCCGAGCACUCAAAAAAAAACACGAUAGUCUUCUCAAUAUCAUCCUGUCCACAAUAAAAUACUGAGUUUAAUCUCAUAGUCGAUGCAGGUAGACCUGAUCAGGUCACUAAUUUCUGAUAGAAAACUGUCAAGUUCUCUAGUUACUGGACUAUCGUUCUGAUAUUUUUUAGAUCAGUGUUUUUUUUCUCAAGUGAUCGGUCUUGAACACUGAUCAUUUUUUUUUAUUUAUUCAAUUCAUGCCAAGGCACAGACCACAGCAAAGUGUAAUCGUACAGAUCACUAGUAUAAAAAUUUUAAGUGAUCAAACAACAAAAACAAUUUUAAUCACUUGAAAUGAUAUAUUUUAUAUUUAUGCAGGCAACAGAACCGUAGAAAAAAAAAUUUAGUAGGCAACAGCAGUAAAAAAUUGUAUGUAUGAAAAAAUAUUGAGGCAUUUGAUACAUUCAGAAAAAAUAAUGAAGACAACUGAUGGCUUGCUAUCGAUUAUUAAUAAAAGGAAGUUAAUUGCUGAUUAAUAAGAUCUCAGUGAUAAAUUUCUUAUGACAUUUAGCUAUUUUUAUUCGGUUAUACCCUCGCAUCAAAGCCUUAUUGUACCUACGAAGUUAAUAGAGGAAAUAUAAAUAAUAAAGUGCGUAAUAAAUAAAUCCUUGUAAUAAAUAAUAAUGUAAUUAGAAAAAAAAAAAACAAAUAUUAAGUUAAAUACGAAUAAUUCCAUUUAUAUAUUAAAUAAAUAAAGUUUAAUAUUGAGGUAAAGAAGACGUGCGUGGGGAUUGUAAUUAAACGAAUUAUUUAAAUCGUAACAUGACUGAGAAAUAUAUUAUAAUAAUAUUGUAACUGACAAGCUGAUUAUUUUUAUUGUUUACUUUUUUAGAAUAAAAUAUUGUACUUGUGCUUUGUAUAUUAACUCUAAAAGGUAAAAAAAAAUAUCAACAUAUUAAUAAAUGGAAAUAAAAUUAAUAACGUACAGAAGCAAAUACAGAAAUACAGACAUCUCGUCGUUAAAUUGUAAGAUAUUGUGUUCAGAUCCAGAUCAUGUACUCUGAUUCCCUUUCCAGACAAUUAUGAUUAUUAUUAUUAUUAUUAUAUAUAUUAAUAAAAUAUAUUGUGCACUAUGCUCCGACUUGUCCAUACAAAUAAAAUAUAUUGAAAAAUCUCAA